UAUUUCCGUGUUCUCAGACUGAAUGAGUCGCUGCUGUGUUUGUUUCGUUCACGCCGCGAAGCAGCGUCUCCUCGCGGGCAGAGAGUCCGCAGCAGCCCGCCUCCCCUCCCGGAGCUCCGCCGCCGCAGCUCCGCCAUGCUCACCCGCGUCAGGUCGGCGGUGGCCAGUUUCAUGGGUGGCGUGAUACCCGCGGGCUCCAACGGGGACCACCACCACCACCACUGCGGCGCGGAGACGCCGCUGAAAUUUCCCUACAGCCGCCCGGAGUUCCUGGGGCUGUCACCGGACGAGGUGGAGUGCUCGGCGGACCACGUCGCCAGACCCAUCCUGAUCCUGAAGGAGAGCAAGCGGCUGCCCUGGGCCACCGGAUACGCUGAAGUCAUCAACGCAGGGAAGAGCACUCUGAACGAGGACCAGGCCUGCUGCGAGGUCCUGGUGCUGAAGAAGAGGCCCAGCGGCAGCUCCACGCCGAGCCGCGUGGCCCUGAGCCGCAGGAGGUCGUCCCUGCCCAACGGAGAGAGUCUGGGCCUCAGAGAGAACCUGGACAAUGCCGGCGAGCUGACCUUCCACUACUGGGCCUUGUUCGAUGGCCAUGCCGGGUCAGGCGCGGCGGUCGUGGCGUCGCGUCUGCUUCACCACCACAUCGCUCUGCACCUCCAGGAGGUGAUGGAGAUCCUCUGCACGCCUACCCUCCUGGCCCCCACCUGCCUGGGCGAGGAGCCCACCAACCACCACCUCACCCCCACGUCACAGCGGGCCCUCACCAGGGCCGCCUCCUUGCGAGGGGCCGCGGGGGCUCCGGGCUCCCCGAGCACCCCGCCCACCCGCUUCUUCACAGAGAAGAAGAUCUCACCGGAGAGUCUGGUGAUCGGAGCCAUCGAGAACGCGUUCAAAGACAUGGACGUCCAGAUAGAGCGGGAGAGGACGGUCUACAACAUCUCAGGCGGCUGCACCGCGCUGGUGGUGGUCUAUCUACUGGGGAAGCUCUACGUGGGGAACGCCGGGGACAGCAGGGCCGUCAUUAUCCGGGCGGGAGAGGUCAUCCCCAUGUCCACAGAGUUCACUCCCGAGUCGGAGCGGCAGCGGCUGCAGUUCCUGGCCUACAUGCAGCCCCACUUGCUGGGGAACGAGUUUACACAUCUGGAGUUCGCCAGGAGAGUGCAGAGGAAGGAGGUGGGGAAGAGGAUGCUGUACCGAGACUACACCAUGUCCGGCUGGGCGUAUAAAACCAUCGAGGACGAUGACCUCAAGUUUCCCCUGAUCUACGGCGAAGGGAAGAAGGCUCGGGUCUUGGCAACCAUCGGGGUCACCAGGGGUCUGGGAGACCACAGCCUCAAAGUGCACGACUCCAACAUCUACAUCAAGCCCUUCCUCUCCUGCUGCCCAGAGGUCAGGGUCUACGCUUUGGCGGAGCACGAGCACGGACCUGACGACGUCCUGGUCCUGGGAACAGACGGACUCUGGGACGUACUUUCGAACCAGGAAGUGGCCGAAGCGGUCACCUGUUUCCUGUCCAACUGUGACCCAGAUGACCAACACAGGUACACGAUGGCGGCUCAGGACUUGGUCAUGAGAGCCCGCGGCGUCCUGAAGGAGCGAGGCUGGAGGAUUUCAGACGACAGGUUAGGAUCUGGCGACGACAUCUCCGUCUGCAUCGUCCCCCUGGCCAACGGCAACAAGCUCAACUAGCUCCACGGCGCCACCUUCCACCCCUUCAGCCGUCCUUCAUCCUCUCUCAUGCUUCUGUGUGGACUCUACCGAGGCGUCGCCUCUCCAAACCGACCCGCAGAGGCGUCGCCUCCAGGGUAGCCGUGGAACUGUGAGGCGUUCGCUCAUGAUAUAACACAUAUGAGACGCCUUCAUUGACACUUCGGGACGUAUGGUUUUCACUUGAAGAAUCAGUAACGUGACUCUUGAAGGCAAGUUAUUAUUAUUAUUGUGAAGUCGCAGGACCUGGUGUGUGAUCGAACCAUACGGCCGUGACUUGGUAACCUGGCCUCUCCUCCCGACGUGUCCCUGGUCGACUCGUCCGUCCCUCGACAAAGACUCCCGAUGCUUCUCGUGUCGCGUCUGGUCUCUGUUCCUCUUCGCCUCGCAGCAACUCGCAUCCGAGCUCCACCUGAAGUCAUUUCCGUGUAAAAAUGUAUUUUAAUGUAAGUUUGCUUGUACAUUUGAAAACGUUAUUUGUACUUUUUUUUGGUUUGUUCUUGGACCAAAGUUUUCCUGCUCUGUUCGAAUAAACGAGAUUUUGUCAGGUUGUGUGUGAUUCAGUCACCGCGGUUUUGACUCAGUAGUGGAGCUGUGACGUCACCAUGAAGCUAAAGGCUAGCAGCUACAGCGACGCCACACAAACCAAGGUCCUACGCAGAACCUUGUCUGGUCUUGACUCAGGUCCUGCAGCCUCAGGAGGCCCUGCGGUUGAGGACCAGCAGGACCAUCUGGUCCCCACA